AUGCUCGUAUUGAAAGACCUUCUGUUGCUCGCGCUGUUGGCGAGUGCAGAAAUAUCAGAAUUCGAUGACAGCGGUGAUCGGGGUGAAGUUUGCUACGUAUGUUCGUGCAGCGUCGAUAGGACCAGUGUCGACUGUUCCAAAAGAGGCCUGACGAGUGUUCCGGACGGCAUCAGCGAGAUGGUGGCGAACCUCAACGUAUCUUAUAAUGAGAUAUCAACGUUCCCUCAAAAUCUUAACAGGUUAUACAAUCUUUUAACCCUCGACCUCAGCGGCAAUCGACUUAGUUCCAUUCCGGAAAAUGCCCUUGAAAACCUCACGGCCCUCGAAAUAUUAAACCUGUCCCGGAACAACUUCGACACUUGGCUCAACUUAAAUCCGAAUGAAACCUGGCUGGAGGCCUGUUACUUUACCUGGAAUCCUAGUAAAAAGGCGGCCAAUCCUGAUAGUUUAAUAUGGUUUGUAGUUGUUAUGAUUGUAGGAUUAGCUUUAUGUUUAGUAUUAGUGAAUGGAAUAAGAAGGUCGAUGAAUCGUCGAUUAGCCACGUUGCAAAAUGAAAGGGUGAGACAAGUUGAGGAAGCCAGGGAUAGACUACGACAGUUACGAAUGCGAGCUGAGCAAGAGGCUUUGUGUAACGCACCGGAUCCGAGAGAUUUAGUGGCCCCACCUUCUUACGACGAAGCUCUCUCUAUGCCGAAACUCAACGCUUCAUGUCAGUCUUUAUGCGAAGAGGGAACUGGAAAACGGAAAAGGAGAAAAGGAAGACGGAAAACCAAAUCUAGUGGGGAUCUUCUAGAAGAGACAGAGAGAAAUGGCGAUUUACCCGUGGUGGAUGAUGUUGAUGUAACUGAUACAUCCGAUAACAACCGUCGGCGCCGUCGCCGUCGGCCGAGGAAAUAUGGCAGCCACGAGAUAGCCGAAUUAGAUCAAUCUCCAGGUGUGCGUCGUAGACGUAUGUCAGAAUAUGGUGCGAGUGGUAAUGACAGUGUGACUAUUGAAGUUGAAGCCCAAAUGGAACGCCCUUUACGGCCUAGAAAUAGGAGAUAUUCAAUAGAUGAUGAUGAACCUAGAGAGAGCGACUUU